CCAGCAGGCCCCAUUUCGCUGCCGCCCAGCAGCGUCGCCCAGCCCACGUACAAUGGCAACGGCCAGCUGCUGGCCGGCGGGUGCAGCACGCCGGCGUACACGCUCGUGCAAGAGGGCAACAUGGUUUACCAGGCGCUAUUUGUCGGUUGCCAGGCUAAUAGACCUGAGUGCUGUCCGUGGAACGUGUCAGCGGCCGCGGGGGCCGCGGCGGCGCGG